GUCAAGUUGCAACUAUGAGAUUCGCAUUUAGCCGCAAGAUUUUGAUAAGCUAAGAAGUGCUGGGCGCGUGCGCAAAUCUAACGAAUGAGAAAACGAAGAGUAGAAGAAAAAGAACAAGUGCAGUGAACGCCAACACCUAUAUGUGAACAAAUGGAAAUUUUUCAAAUAUAUGAGAACUGUUAAUGUCAACAUUAAAUAUAUAUAAAAAUUAACUACAAGCACUUCCGGUAUAGAGCGAAAAAUAGGCGUGUACAUUAACAUUUGGUUUGUGAAGAACUUAAAUAGUUUUUUGUUUAAUGAGAAGUGUCAAAAAUAUUUCGGUGGUUCAUGAAGCCGUUAUUCAUUUGAGGUGCGGUUGAUUGCGGUGAUUAUUUAUUUCGAUAAAUUAGAUAAGAAGCUAACAGUGAGGAAGUGCCUAUAGCAUAGUCGUUUAUUUUUAUGAAGCAGUCGUGACAUUAUGGAACUCGUACUAUCAAUUCAUAAUUAAUUUUAAACAAAAAGAAAAAAUUGCGACAACUCUAUGAAACUAGAUAAAUUUAAUUAUUCAUAGAAAAACAAGAAAAAAUACCAAGGCGUAUAAGCAUUAAUUCAGCAGUAAAUCUACGGAACACGGAAACAAAGUGACACAUCUGGGUUUUUCAGCUGAUUUUUAUAAAUUAGUUAGAUAAUACAAUAAAAAAGAUGAAGCUUUUUGCAGCAGGAUCCAGAAGUGGCCGGAUACUCAAAUUAUCGAGUGUUGGCAUUGCGCUGAUAAUUGUGGCGGUUCUGAUGAUCGCGAUUGAUCCACUGCAGCUGCUAAUUGAUAAUCAAUUGACCCUGAAAACCGGCACGCUGCUGUAUAAUUUAUGGCUGAAGCCACCGCUUGAAGUGUUCAUCAGUGUGUACAUGUUCAAUGUCACCAAUGUGGAAGCGUUCAUGAGCGGACAGGACAGCAAGUUGAAGCUGGUGGAGGUGGGACCGUAUGUGUAUCAGGAGGUGUUGGAGAACCAAAAUGUCUUAUUUAACGACAACAAAACCGUCACUUACACGCCACAACGUACAGUGCGCUUUAUACGUGAACGUUCUGUCGGUGAUCCGACGGUCGAUAAGAUAAUGGCGCCGAAUAUACCCUACUUGGGUGUGAUGUCUGCGGCAUCGGCUUACUCUAUAUUCGCUAUGAUGGCGGUGAAUGCUUUGACGAAGAAGUUCAAUUCUAAGCCGAUGCUGCAGCUAAGUGUUCAUGAUUAUCUCUGGGGUUAUGAGGAUCCAAUAGUGAAUUUGGCAUCAAAGAUUGUGCCGAGUGUUAUAAACUUCCAACGCUUUGGCUUGAUGGAGCGGAUGUUCGAUGAAGGUCACAAUGUGGUCACAAUGAAAUUGCCGAAAAAGCUGCACGCAAACGAUGAUGGUGUAGUGGAAGAGACAGAUCGUGAUUUCUCCAUCGACAAUUGGAAUGGCAAGACAGGUUUCAAAAACUGGGACUAUAAUGAGGAACGCAACACGAGCAACACACCUUGCAAUACACUACGUGGUACCUAUGACGGCACGCUUUUCCCGCGCAACAUCCACAAAGGCGAAACAUUUCGCGUGUAUCGCAAAGCUUUCUGCCGCAGUCUGCCUAUACAGUACUCACACCCUGAAACCGUUAAUGGAUUUAAGGGCUAUAAAUUCAAAUUGAAGGAAAAUGCCUUUGAUAGCGAUCUCGGGGACUCAGAGACAUCCUGCUAUUGCAAGAACAAACGUUGCUUAAAGAAGGGACUUGGCAAUAUUUCGCCUUGUUACUACAAUAUUCCCUUGGCUGUUUCAUUUCCACACUUUUUCAACGGUGAACCGAGUCUGCUGGAAAACAUAGAAGGACUGAGUCCAGAUAAGGAUAGACACGGUACAGAUAUAAUCAUACAACCGCAACUGGGCAUACCCAUGAGAGUGCGUUCCCGCUUUCAAAUAAACUUGCUGAUGGGAAAUGUCAAAUAUAAUCGUGGUGUAUCACAGUUUAAGAAUAUGGCAUUGCCCAUAUUUUGGAUUGAGAUGGGCGUUGAAGAUCUCACACCCGGCGUUAAAAUGUUGCUCACUCUACUUUUUCGUGUCUGUCCAUGCUUACAGUUAGGGCUGGUUAUAACGCUCAUUGCGAUUGGAGUGUAUUUGGUGAGCAGUGCUUUGUUGUAUUGCUUCUGGGCGCCAACAGCUUGGAAAACCAUCAAUUCAACCAUGGAGCAAGCAAAGAAUGCAGAAGCCGGUCUCAAGGCAAAUGUGGGCUUCUUGCCGUUGUUAAAGCAACCGACGAUAGUAGAAAUGAAGAAUCUGCCGAAACAGUCCAAAGCGGUGAAUCCAAAGAGGCCUGAUUAUGAUGUGACGCUGCUGCCGCUGCACCGAAGUGUGAUGGCGUAAGGCAGAAGU